GCCAACUCACUAGUCGACGUCGAACGAUUACAACGCGUACAGGUCUGCAUUCCGUACCAGCACCGCCACCACGUCGCUCGCAACAUCUCACAUUACUAUGAAACUGUUUUAACACAACUCGCAAGUCGCAGUACGAUGACGGACCACCUAUCACCCCCGGGUGCACGCACGCUCCAUUGUUUCAUAAAGAGGAAAGCGAAGGACGCCGCGUGCAUCUCAAUUAACGAAGAGAGUUUUGGCGGCAAGUGAAUACCAAACCGAUACCACUCGACGGCCGGACGCAAGGACGCGACCAUCUGCAUCGUGACCGAUGACAUAGGGAACAUUCGCCGCGGAUUAAGGAGGACAAAUUUCAUGGAAUAGUGUUUGUUAUGCGCGACCGUUGCCGAAAGUUAGCGAAAUUUUUUGGCAAGAACGCAACGAGACUAACGGGUGCACCGUGCAGCUGUAAUCAGCCGAUACAUCGUGUGAUGAUCGUCUGCGAAGGACGUUCUGAGUGAUAAACAGUGAUAUCUUUUAACUAUACGCGCUUGUGCUUCUUGUUUUUUGUCUUUAGUUUAUAAAACUGAUGGCAAUGGAGAGAAUACCUCGCGUAUUACUUAGUAUAGCACUAGCUGCACUUCUGCCAAUGGCUUCACCAAAUAUCCGGGAGGAACAAGCCAGAGAAAAUAUACCUCAUUCUAGACAGAAGAGGAUACUAUGGAUCACGAACGAUGGGCGUUUGGCGUUACCCCCAGGAACGACAAUGACGAUAACACCUUCGAUAUCUAUGCCCUUUGUAAGGCAUCCGCCCAAGGGGUUCCUUUCGAAUAUGACUAUAAGCUUCCCAUUUACAAUUGAUUUCGAUAAAUUGGGUUUGACUGACAACGAGAAUCCUUACGGUGACCUGCCGCCGAUCUUCGCGAGGUCCAUGGGCAGAACUGCUGCUUCUGUUAUGGCGGACUAUGUAGGACAGUACCUAGAGCAUAGACGAGGAAAGAGGUCUACAGACACACAGAUACCCCCUGAAGCUGAGAAGGUUAUUCUAGACAAAUUUCACGGAGGUGAAAGAGCGCUUAUGUACGGAAUUGCGGAAGAUCUACUAGCUAAUUUCGGAUUAGAUGGGAAAGAGUGUCUACUGAGAGCGAUUUGCGAGGUGCAUGCCCAUCCUUUGCAUAAUUUUGGCUUCCUUGGUGAAGUUAUGAAGUUGUUCUUCAGCCCAAGUAAAUCACCGUAUGCUACUCUUCUUGACGAGUAUGUGAAAGCCCAGCAAGCAGGAGAGUCAGGGGGUGAAUGCUGGCCUUACUAUAGACUAUGUCCAAAGAGCAUUUUCCAAUCAACGCAGAACAAAUAUGCGGAAGACGCAGAGCUCUUACAUAGGAGAGAACACGAUAAUAUCGAAGAGAAUAAAAUAGAAAUAGAUAACCUAAAAGCUAUGUAACUAAGAUAAUCAAAAUGUCCCAAAUGUAGAGGUAGUGUCCAACCAAAGCUAUAAGAAAAUUUAGUCUUUACAAAAAUUGUAAUUAUUGCACUAAUCCCUUCUAGAUUCACAAUAACAAUAUUCCUAGAACGCCGAAAAUCUAUUUCAAAUCAAUUUCAAACAAAAAAGCAAAAUAUUCAUUGUUCGUGAAUUAUUACAGUCAUUACAUAAAUAGGAAAGUUAUUACUGAGUUGGUAAGGAUUUCCGCAUGAAACAAAAAGUAAUUUAACGACUAUACAUAACGUUUUCUUUUCAUUAAUUGGCAAUCGUCUGUGUCAUCUUUUAACUAUAGUUAAAUUUAAUAAUGAAGUGUUAAAUAUAUUAAUUAGUUUAAUAAAAAUAUGUUCCAUAUAAUUUUAGAUUUAAUUUUAUGUUACGAGCCAGUCAAUCGAGUACAAUAUGUAUGCACAAUGAAGGUACGGCAUUUUUAGUUAUUUUCGUGAAUCUAGAAAUUAGUGAUGUGAAAUUAAAGCGUUCAUAAGCAUUUUACUUAUAAGAUUAUAUGACCAAUGCGGUAGAUGCGUGAAUAAUGCCGAGAAGGGCAUUUGUUUGGUCUUAGAGAUUGGUUGUUUGGGAAGAAAAUGUGGAAUACAAUUUAUAAAAUAUUUUAACCCAGUGCAGUUUGUUUUUUACGAUUAAAAUGUAAAUGUAUGUGGUUUUCCAAUUACUUUGACUUCUACUUUUAUUGGAUCCUAAUAUUUAAGUUUUUAUAUUUAAAAAUCAGUCAAAAUCUCAGUAUGAAAAUGUUUAUGAAUCUUACUAUAAGUGCCAUUUAAAAGUUAAGGUACAUUCCUCUAUAGUAGACUAAAUUAUUUUACUUAAUUAAUAAUUAAUUAGUGGUUUAAAUAAAUAUAAUUUUUACAAUACUGUUCUCUAAACUAUCACCAUUAUGUUAUAAAUAACGGAAUAAUGUGAUAAAAAAUCCUGACAAAUAUUAGUUAAAAUUAUUUUUAUAAUAUAUCUUUGUAUUACUAAGUGUCGUAGGUAUGAAAACGUUUAAUUUAUUGUUAUUUACUAUAUAUCAUAAGUUAUUUACAAGAUAUAUUAAAGAGUUUACGAUAU